UGUUCUUGGCGAAAUUGCUGCAACGACUGUAUGGUGAAACUUCAUCUUCCCUCGUGCACACCUCGAGCAACGACUAGGAGGCAGGUGGUGGGAAUCUGGGACCCAAAGCCGGAGAAAGCAGUUUGGAUAAUGCUCAGACUUCGCCAGCAGAUGCUCCCACAUCAACUGGUGCACCCUGCCAGUCACUUCAAGGGAGUGACAAUGCAAUUAUGUCUCCGAGAAGAAUUUACACAGUGGAUCUUCCUCCGGAGGGUUAUGUUGCAGCUACUGCAGGCACUGUUGGCAGUGCAGUUUCUGAAAGCUCCGGCAGCAGCGCUGACUCAACAGAAGAGGAAUAUCAAGGGCAAACCAAGAGAAAACGCGUUCGGAGGAGGAAACAGAAGAGCAGUUUGCUCAUCUCUAAUAAUUUGCAUGGAGAACAAACGGAUUCUGGAACACAAGAGACUCUUGCUCAGGAUAACAUACAGCUGCAGCAAACAGACAGCCCCAAAAUAAGCAAAAACAAGAAGAGGAAGCUGAAAAAGAAGCGACAGAAGGAAAAGAGGAGAGCAGCUGGCUUGGUGACAAAAGCUGCCGGUGUGGAUUUUACAUACCAGCCCGACAGAAACAACGGAGGAGAAGCAGCAGGCUUAAAAGACAUAGAUGCAAAGGCAGAUAGCAUUCUGGACUUCCUGCAGGCAACACAACAGAUCUAUUUUGCUGACAAGAAAUCAGCACACACAGGUGCUGCAGUAAGUGCAGACACUGCCCAAGAGCUCCUGCAGCAUCUUGGAUCUCACACGGUGUGUCCCUCGGACCUGGCUCACCUGCACCGCCUGAAAUCCCUCGUGCUGCUGCAGGACACUGAGAGACUCCAGGAUGCUCUGAGGCAGUUCCAGGAGCAAUCCACCAUGCCUCCUG